AUGCUCCUUGACUUUUUAAAAAUCUCCAUCUUGUUCUUGUCCCUUUGGAUUCAUGGACUGAAGGCCGGGGGUGCAACUUAUAGGUGUAAUGAAUCACUUACCAGAUUCUCAAGCAAUAGCAAUAGUGCAGUGUGCCAGGUUGAUGGAAAAACUCAUAACUGCAAAUUUGAUAGUUGCUUCAAUCACAAUAAUCAUUGGGUUCUUGUCACUGGCUGCCGCCAGGUGGGAACUACGGACGGACUGAGCAAUCAACAAUGUGCACAAUAUUCAAACGCGCCACCCUUCGGUUACAAAUGUACCAACCCCGGGGGUGUAUCUUAUUACUGCCCUAACUGGAAUCCUAAGAGUGGAGGAGCCUUGACGUGUAGCAAUUGCACGCCUUCAUAG